AUCCAAAACCCAUCAAGACCUGCAAAUCUGCAAUAUAUCUCUCUUCUCUACUCUCAAACCUCAAACCCUGCCUGUUCCUCUUCACCUUAAACAAAUCAAAAAAAAAAAAAAAAAAAAAAAAAACAAUCAUUUGAAUGUCCAGUUUCAACCUAGGAAAGAAGCUUCUACCCGCUAAGAAAGCGUGGAAGAGCUUCACUGCCACAUUCCAAUCAAAGCUCAAGCUCCGAAAAGCCAUCAAACGAGCCAAGAAACGCUGCGUCUUCGCCUUCAACUACAUCCGCCCUCUUCUCUCCCGAAAGUUUUACUCUUUGAUUAGUUCCUCCAAACGCCCUCUGCAACGCCGCCACUUCCACCGCCCCAACUUUCCGGCGGCUAUCUACGUGGACGAGCUUUUCCCUGACCCUCUCUCUGCUCCGCCGCCAUGGCGUCGGAGCUCAGAACUGCCGCCAAAGCGCCGCUACGGCGGAGAAGAACAAAAGGUGGGGCCGAGCUGUAAUAAGGUUGGAGAGAGUAGCAGCAAUGGCGGCGGCGGCGGUGGAUGGAGAGUUCCAUCUUUACCGCAUUUCAGAGGAGUGGAUGAGAGGGCGGAGGAUUUCAUUUCUAAAUUUCGUGAAGAUAUGAAGCUUGAAAGAGAGCAAUCAAUUCUUGAUUUCCAGGAGAUGCUGGCAAGAGGGGCUUAGAAAAGAUUAUAUUAAUCUUCUUUGAAAUUUAUUUUUUAUUUAAUUUUUUCCAAUUUUU